AUGUCCCUGUCACCCGUCGUCAAGCAUCUCGCUUCCGAGCUACGCGCCACAGCUACGGAGUUCGUUCCUUACCCAGCAAACUCCUCGAGCGCUCCAGAGAAACCCGGUCCGGAGAAAGUCGACAUCUCUCAGCUCGACCCCACGACCGACCUCCUUGGGCCUGUCAAGUACGAGCUGGAUCCAUAUGGUAUUCCGUGGUUCUAUUACAUGUACCAGGUGCAAUUCGCUUUCGAUCAAGGGUACCAGAAGGGCCGCUCUAGAUCUCCGAAGAAGACUCGGCAGAAGAAACAGUACUCUUCCAGCGCAUCUACUGCAGAUCUUCGUAUCCAGAAAGCCCCCACGAUGGCGCCGGCUCUGGAUAGCUACCAGGAGCAGCAACGCAUUUCCAUCAUGCCACCUCCAGUCUCCACUGUUCCUCUAGCCGAACAGCGCGCUCAGCAGCAGCUCAGCACCGACACCGAAGCCAUCGAGAACGACGGAACGACCCCAUAUUCCCCCUUCGCCGCCCAAAAGGCGAUAAUCGACCGCCACUUCCCGUACCGCAACGCCACCGUCACCGACCGCCCCGUCCCCGGCAUCGAUCUCACCACAAUCCGUAACGUCGGCCUGCCCCACGGUUCCCGACCCAUGCAUCAAAACACGAUGCCUGUCCGCGGUAACAACUACUCAAACGCUCGCCGUAACUACCGCAGCGACAACGGGCUGUACACAUACCGCGGCCGCGGCGCAGCGGGCUUGCGCAUGGCAGAUACUGUUCCGUUUCCCGCGCCGGUUGCUCCCCAAGGUCGUCCAGCGGGCUCGAACGCGCCGGGUGAGGGAUGCGGCUUGGUCGAUAUCAUCUAUGGAGCUGAGCGGAUUGGUGGCGAGGCGUGUCAGGAUUGCGAGCGGGAUCAUCCUCUUGAUUAG